AAAAAGCUUGAGCUGCGUGCGUUUCCGCUUCUGUGUGGCGGUAGAUGUGAGGUGCACUUCCAGUUUAACUCCGUUCAUUCAUAAACAGCCCGGCUGACGUAGCCAGCAUGACGUCAUCAGGGAGCCCAGUAGAUGAUGAGGACACGUUUAAGAUCCUUAUUGCCACCGACAUCCACCUGGGUUACCUGGAGAAGGACGCUGUCAGAGGCAAUGACACGUUCGUGACGUUCGAUGAGAUCAUGAAGCAAGCAAAACAGAACGAUGUGGACUUGGUGUUGCUGGGUGGAGAUCUCUUCCAUGACAACAAGCCGUCGCGUAAAUCUCUGCACUGCUGCAUGGAGGUGAUGAGGAAGUACUGCAUGGGCGAUAAACCGAUCCUGUUCGAGAUCAUCAGCGAUCAGGCCGUCAACUUCGGGAACAGCAAGUUCCCUUGGGUGAACUACCAGGACGAGAACCUGAACAUCUCCAUCCCUGUAUUCAGCAUUCACGGGAACCAUGACGAUCCGACCGGGGUUGAUGGUCUGUGUGCUCUGGAUGUGUUGAGUUGUGCUGGUCUGGUGAAUCAUUUUGGACACAGCUGUUCGGUGGAGGAAGUGGAGAUCAGCCCCAUACUGCUGCAGAAAGGAAGCACCAAGAUCGCUCUGUACGGCCUCGGCUCGAUCCCGGAUGAGAGGCUGUACCGGAUGUUUGUUAAUAAUCAGGUGACUAUGCUCCGCCCCCGUGAGGACGAGAACACCUGGUUCAAUCUGUUUGUCAUCCAUCAAAACAGGAGUAAACAUGGUGCCACUAACUACAUCCCUGAACAGUUUCUGGAUGAUUUCCUGGACCUGGUUGUUUGGGGCCACGAGCACGAGUGUAAGAUCACUCCAACCCGAAACGAGCAGCAGCUUUUCUACAUCACGCAGCCAGGCAGCUCCGUCGUCACCUCACUGUCUCCUGGAGAAGCUGUCAAAAAGCACAUUGGCUUGCUCCGGGUGAAAGGUCGGAAGAUGAACCUGCAGAAGAUUCCUCUGCACACAGUGAGACAGUUUUUUAUUCAGGACGUGAUUCUUUCCGACCACCCGAAUCUCUUCAGCCCUGAGACUCCCAACGUCACACACAAAGCGCAGGCUUUCUGCCAGCAGAAGGUUGAAGAGAUGUUGGAGGAGGCAGAACGAGAGAGACUCGGAAACCCACUAACACCCGACAAACCUCUCAUCAGGCUACGAGUGGACUACAGCGGAGGGUUCGAGUCGUUUAACACGACGCGCUUCAGUCAGAAGUUUGUGGAUCGAGUAGCGAAUCCUAAAGACAUCCUGCAUUUCAUCCGACACAGAGAGAGUAAAGACAGCAUGAAAGAGGAGAGUAUAGAUUUUGAUUUGCUCCUGUCUCGGCCGUUGUCUGAUGUUCUGCACUUGCGAGUCGAGGAUCUCGUCAAGGAGUACUUUCAGACUGCGGAGAAGAACAUGCAGCUGUCCCUGCUGACGGAGCAGGGGAUGGGCAAAGCCGUGCAGGAGUUUGUAGAUAAAGAGGAACGAGACGCCAUUGAGGAGCUCAUCAACUACCAGCUGGAGAAAACGCAGCGCUACCUCCGGGAACGACACGUGGAGGCCACAGAGGAGAAGAUCGACGAGGAGAUUCGCCAUUUUAGAGACUCAAAGAAGAACACAGUAGAGGAGGAUGAAGAAGUGCAAGAGGCAAUUAACCGGGCGAGAGCUCACAGAGACCGCGCCGAUCCUGUAGGAGACGACGAUUUCAACCAGUUAGACGAACCAGCUGAUGUUGCCAUGGAUUCCGAUGAGGACGACGCCCCUGUGCGGCCGGUUCGUGGAAGAGGGCGGGGUUCCAGAGCAAGAGGAGGGAGGGGCCAAAGCAGUGCAGCAAGAGGAAGAGCACGAGGAGCCGGAUCACAGGCAAGUCGAAGUGGGCGGGGCCAGAAAACUGCUUCUUCAAGUCCUGUUAAAAGCAAGUCGAUAAUGGAUGCAUUCCAGGCUCCGAGAGGAUCCAGAGGUUCUACAAAAUCCUAUGAGGAGGUCCUGAUAGAGGACAGUGACUCAGAGGACAAUGUGUCCUUUGUCAAGACGUCUCGGCCUGCGCAGAAAUUGUCCUCUUUAUCCUCCUCCAGUAGACGGGGCUCCCAGAGUCUCAGCCAGUCAAAUAAAGGAGUUUGCUUUGAUGAGGAUGAUGAUGAGUUUGACCCGUUUAAGUCAGCAGGUCGUCGGGGUAAAAGAUGAUUGGACAAAGCUGACCUACCUCCUCCUGCACACUCCAUCAUCCCUCCAUCCCUCUCUCAUGUUCUUGUCUGUCGUCCCCUCAGCUGCUGGGUCAGUGUUCCUGUGGUUAGAGUUCACUGCAGCACCGUUCACACGUCACUCUAAAGUGCGCAUGAAGUUCACUCUGAAGUUCCCUGCGGUUCAGCUGCAGGUCUUUUAGUUUUGAGAUUUGGUCUGAGUUUUACUUGUGCCCCCCCAGCUCUGCCUCCAGCGGUGUACGUUACUCUUUCUCAGAAACGUUCACCCUGAGAGCGUGCUUACGGAGCGGAGGUGUAUGGACUUGAGGUCGUCUCUCUCACGUGUUCAGUAAUGGAAUUAAUUCAGUAUCUUUUUUAAACGCUCUUCAUGAUGUCAGUGGCUGAGCUUCUGUCAGCCUUUUGUUCUGUUUGUCCUCAUUUUCUCUUCACUGAUUUUGUUCGAAUCUGAAAUCUGUUCGUGUGUAAAACCUCGCUGUCACUAAACCUUUUCAGAUUCCCCUCCAUCUGAUUUGUGUGUUUUUUUCUGUAUUGGAGUUUAGUGCUUGAACGUUUGUGACCCCAUUAGAAUUUUUUAUAUUUCUGCAUGCAUGUGACCUAAAACACCAGAUUUUCACACAAGUCCUAAAAAUUGAUCAAGAACCCAAUUAAACACACGAGACAAAAAUACUACACGUGGUCAUUCAUUUACUGAGGAACAUGAUCUGGGAUUCCAGGCCGUUAAAGGGAUCCUCCAGCGGAUUUACGCUUGAACUUGUGUUCAGUAAAAGUAUUCGUAGAUUUCAACAGUCAAACUUUCAUUUUUGGGAUCAAAUAAUGUUCUAGAAAAAUUUAUUUUUAUUAAAAUACCAGACGGGCCUCAUGUGGAAGGUGACGUACUGUAUGUGAUGACGUUGCGUGGUGGAAGCUUGGAGCAACUCGACUCUUUAUAUCCUCUGCUUACAUCGCAGUUUUGUUAGUUUCACAAGUAUUUUCCUGAAUUUAUAGGUUUUUAAAUAAGUAAAGUACGCCUCAUUGUGCAGCAUAUAAAUGCCAAAAUGAUGCUAAAAAGAAGGACGAAGAGAGAUCUUUUCACCGUUUACCUGGCCAGAAUUAUCCAACUAUCAUGCAAAAGAGUCGUUUGUAAAGAUCGAGUCAAAUCUUUUCCUCUCGCUCGGUACAUUUUCAGCCGUUCAUUCACACCAGUCAAAAACAAGGUACCCUCUGAGGCAGGUUCUAGAGGAUCUUUUUCUAAAGGAUUGUCAGUUGGAUCUGAUUUGAUGUUCCUCGGUGUUGGAGAUGAAGAUCCUUCAGCGCUGUGCAGCUCAGCCACAGAAUACAGAUUUGUCCAGAUUCUGAAGCACAUGGACGGAAUUGUUUUUUUUUUUUUCAACUCAACAAAAACUUUGACUUUAUUUUGUUCAUUAGAAAUUUCAAUAUAGUGAAUUAAAAGUGUGAUAAAUCC